AGUUGUUUCAAAGAUGGCGGAUUUCCUGCCGUCCCGCUCCGUUUUAUCUGUAUGUUUCCCUAACUGUCUCCUCACAAGUGGCGAGGCAGAACAGUUGCGGAAAUCCAAGGAGAUAGAUAAGUGUAUUUAUCGAGAUAAGACCUAUGUCAAACGGUUAGUAAAGAUCUUGUUACUCGGGGCAGGCGAAAGCGGCAAGUCCACUUUCCUCAAGCAGAUGCGCAUUAUCCAUGGGCAGGACUUCGAUCAGAAGGCCAAAGAAGACUUCAGAGCUACGAUUUUUAGUAAUGUUAUCAAAGGCGUUCGAGUGUUGGUGGAUGCUCGAGAGAAGCUACACAUCCCAUGGGGCAACCAGUCCAACCAGCGGCACGGAGACACCAUGAUGGCGUUUGACACCCGGUCGUUGAUGGCCCACGGUCACGGCAUGGUGGAGCCCAAGGUUUUCCAGCACUACCUGCCGUCUAUUCGGGCCCUAUGGGCCGACUGGGGCAUACAGAACGCCUACGACCGCCGCAGAGAGUUCCAGCUGGGUGAGUCUGUCAAGUAUUUCCUGGACAAUUUGGAAAAGCUCGGACACUCGGAAUACCUCCCCAGCCAACAGGACAUCCUCCUGGCCAGAAAGCCCACGAAGGGCAUCCACGAGUACAACUUUGAGAUUAAGAACGUGCCCUUCAAGAUGGUGGACGUAGGCGGCCAGCGCUCCGAAAGGCGGCGCUGGUUCGAAUGCUUUGACUCAGUCACUUCCAUCCUCUUCCUCGUCUCCUCCUCCGAAUACGACCAGGUGCUGAUGGAGGACCGACAGACCAACCGGCUGAGCGAGUCCCUCAACAUCUUCGAGACCAUCGUCAACAACCGGGUGUUCAGCAACGUCUCCAUAAUCCUGUUCCUGAACAAGACGGACCUGCUGGAGGAGAAGGUGAACCAGGUCUCCAUCAAAGACUACUUCCCCGAGUUCUCGGGCGACCCCUCGAGCCUGGCGGACGUCCAGUGCUUCCUGGUGGAAUGCUUUCGCAAAAAGCGCCGAGAACAGCAGCAGAAGCCGCUGUACCACCACUUCACCACGGCCAUCAACACCGAGAACAUCCGGCUGGUGUUCCGCGACGUCAAGGACACCAUCCUGCACGACAACCUCAAACAGCUGAUGCUGCAGUGA